AUGCUUCUCGCAAAACAAGACGCGUUGACCAGCACGUGCGGACGUCCGCUUGCAGCCGGCCCGGCACUAACCUUGACGCCUUACCCACUGCUCCUCAGCGGCCAAGAACGCCGACAGGGGCACUCAACUGCAUCUCCCCUCUCCAUCUCCACCUCUCCACCUCCACAUCUCGUCUUCAUCUCUCACGACUCUGGCCUUCAGCAUCCGCCCCAGCCUCGCCGCAUGGGUGCAGUGGCCCACAGCAUGGACAUGGACAUGGACCCUAGCCGUCUGCACCCGCCUCCGACGGCCGAUGCCGCCCCCGGCCUGCAGGAGGGCGGGCAGGCCGCUUCAGGUCCGACGGCGGCAUCUGUCGGGACGGCACCCCGUUGUGCCGGGACGCGAGCGUUUGCGUCGGGUCCUCGUGCGGCUCCCUCGCCCCCCUCGGCAGCAUCCGCACCGUGGGUGGCUUGGACGACGACGAGCCCUUGCCGGCCAACAGGAGCGUCGUCGUCGCCUAGCGUCGUACCCGCCAGGGCUUCCUCUGGACACCCCUUCGCAUGCCGCUCAUCCGACCUCGUCCGUGUUGACCGUCACCUCGGCCAUGGCCGUCGCCACCGCAUCGACCGCGUCGCCCGCAGCAUCUUCCAGGACGGCCAGAUGGAACAGCCGCCACCGACCCCCCGCGCUGCCUUGUCAACCGAUGGCAGGAGCCGAGUGCGACCUCCGUCUGGCCGUUCGUCGAAGCAGGGCGAAGCCGCAAUCCCGACGACGGCGCCGCGAAGCACCACGGAACACAAGCCUAGGGGAGAUGCCAAUGUGCGCCUGUUGGCCAGCCUCGUCGUGGUGCCUAGUCCUUUGUGCCUUGGGACCUUGACGAGGACAAGGCACGGGAACGGGGGCAGCAUGCGCGACCGUAUCUGCACACGUACGCGCCCACGCAAGCACACGCACGCGCACCUGCCCGAGCGUAACAUGGAGGCUAUGCGUAUCUACGUCUGCGCAGAGGUGCGAGCAGCCUGUUCGGUGGCACAAGCGGCCUCGGCAACGCACCGCCUCGGCGUCCGGCGACUUGCUUGCUCUCGUACGCGGUUCUGCGGCUUUUUGCGCUGCGCCGAUCGAUCGCAGAACCGUCCUGCACGUGGAGGCGAGGUCCCAACGCCCUCUCCACGUCGACCAUCGGAUCCCCGCCAUGCCGUUCCGGCCGGGCAGCCUUGCAUGCACAUCUCGGCCGUGGAAACUCAUGCUCCGGGUGGAAAUCAGCAUCGCUCCGUUCCCGUCGAGGUUCGACUCCCGCUCAUGUGGAAAGGAUGGCAUUCCGAUUCAGUCUCGUCUCGAGGCCCGUGA